GGCUGGGCGGCGCCUCCUCCGUCGGUCGGAGGGAGGCCGCGGCUCCCGGAAGGUCUCUGGAGGCCCCUCGGUCGGCUGUCCGUCCCGGCCGGGCGCGGAGGCUGCGAGGCCCUCGCCGGGAAGGAGGCGGGGAGGCCGCGCGCAUCUUCCCUGGGCUCUCCGGGACUGCUCCGGGGGGGGGGGGGGGGGGGAUCCCUCGGCAGGUGGACCCGGGAUAGGCGGGAAGGUGGCCCGGCGACGGGCCCGAACGGAGCGGCGGUCCCGCGAGCGAGCCCUCAGACCCGGGUGCUGCAGCUCUCCAUGCAAGGCAUGGAGCGUUUUGCCAGCUCCGGGACCCAGACGGAGGCGGUGGUGGUGCUGUCGCUGGCCCAGGCCGCUGUCCUGGGCCUGGUAUCCGAGAAUGAGUUCCUGGGAGGCACCGUCAACCCCGACACCAUCUUCUCCAGUUUGGCAGGGAAGCUGGACGAGGACGCCGCGGCCACUGAGCUGAAACCCCCCGAAGGCAACAGCCCGGCUGGCCCGUCCCAAGGGGAGCCCCUGGAGGAAGAGGAGGGGCCGGAGGCAGAAGCCUCCCUGGGGAAACAGGCCCGGAGGAGGAAGCGGCCCCCUGUGCGCCUGGUGCCGAAGGUGAAGCGCGAGAGGGGCGAGACGGAGGGGGAGGAGGGGGAGGAGGAGGAGGGCAGCCCCGAAGUGCCCGCCAGGCCCCCCGAAGAGCAGGCCCUGGAGAGCAGCAACCCAGAGGAGCCGUGUCCCGAGCCAACCCGGCAGAGCGGCAGGGUGGCAAGCCUCGUCCCCUUCAGCAGGCGGCCUCAGCCCCUGCAGCCGCCACGGAGGCCCCCGCAGCCAGAGCAGCCCUUGGGAGCCUACGAGGAACGGUUCCCCGGCCCACCGCAAGCCGGCCUGGACAGCGGCUGCAGCUUUCCGCCCGGCCUGCCGUCCCUGAGUGGCAUGGAGAGCCAGCUGCCGGCCUCUCCCGCGGGGCAAGGCAGGAGCGGGGCAGGCUUCACCUGGCAGGAGCCGCUGGACUUCGAGGCGGAGGCCCCUGGCGAGCACAGCAAGAAGGUGCACAUGGACCGCCUGGACAUCAACGUCCAGAUCGAUGACUCCUACCUGGUGGAGAAGCGCUGGCAGUGCCGCCUGUGUGAGAAGUCCUACACCUCCAAGUACAACCUGGUGACCCACAUCCUGGGUCACAACGGCAUCAAGCCCCACUCCUGCCCGCACUGCAGCAAGCUCUUCAAGCAGCCCAGCCACCUGCAGACCCACCUGCUCACCCACCAGGGCACGCGGCCCCACAAGUGCCAGGUGUGCCACAAGGCCUUCACCCAGACCAGCCACCUCAAGCGCCACAUGCUGCUGCACUCGGACGUCAAGCCCUACAGCUGCCGCUUCUGUGGCCGGGGCUUCGCCUACCCCAGCGAGCUCAAGGCCCACGAGGGGAAGCACGAGAGCGGCCGCUGCCACGUGUGCGUGGAAUGCGGCCUGGACUUCUCCACGCUCACCCAACUCAAGCGCCACCUGGCCACGCACCAGGGCCCCACGCUGUACCCGUGCCCCGAGUGCAACAAGUCCUUCCACUACCGCAGCCAGCUGCAGAACCACACGCUCAAGCACCAGAACGUGCGGCCCUUCGUCUGCACCGAGUGCGGCAUGGAGUUCAGCCAGAUCCACCACCUCAAGCAGCACUCCCUCACCCACAAGGGCGUGAAGGAGUUCAAGUGCGAGGUGUGUGGGCGCGAGUUCACGCUGCACGCCAACAUGAAGCGGCACAUGCUGAUCCACACCAGCGUGCGCCCCUACCAGUGCCACAUCUGCUUCAAGACCUUCGUGCAGAAGCAGACGCUCAAGACCCACAUGAUCGUGCAUUCGCCCGUCAAGCCCUUCAAGUGCAAGGUGUGUGGGAAGUCCUUCAACCGCAUGUACAACCUCCUGGGCCACAUGCACCUGCAUGCCGGCAGCAAGCCCUUCAAGUGUCCUUACUGCUCCAGCAAGUUCAACCUGAAGGGGAACCUCAGCCGGCACAUGAAAGUCAAGCACGGCGUGAUGGACCUCAACCUGGACAGCCAAGAUCCCAUGCUGGAGCUGUCGGGCACCAACCCCUCGGAACUGGACGGGCAGCAGGAGAUGGACGACUACGAGGAGAACGCCUACGACUACGGGGCCGUGGGGAACCCCAGCGGCGGGUCUGCCUUGGCCGAGCAGACCAUGAAGGAGAUCGCCUACUACAACAUGCUAUAGUUGGGAGGGGAAGGGCCUGGUCGAGGGGGGAGGAGGGUGUCCCCCCCCCCAUAAAGCACUGCCUGGGCUGCACAGAACAGGGGAGCGCAGGGAGGAUCCUGCCUACUCCGGCCUCUGUGGCCCUCCCAGCCACCUCUUGGCCAGGUGUGGCUCUGCUGGUUGGCGGUUCCUCGCUGGGGCACCAGCCUUGCGGGACUCCACUUGCCUUACUCUACCUCCCACACCUGGCCAGGGCGGCCCUGCAGACCCGCCGGCCCCGAGAGUCCUGGCCGAAGCAACUGGGGGACCAGAGGGGGGUCCUUGGCAGGCUCAGCAGGUCUCCCUCCCUCCAACUGGACCGCAAGCGCUGCUCGCCUCCCACCCACGUUGCAAUCUACCUCCGCCCUGAACUCGGAAAGAGCAGCCUGGGUCAGGAAGCCUGGCUCCCCCCAGUCCAGUGGACUCCAAAGUGCCCCCCCCCUUUACUUGGCAGAAGGGUCGAGGCCCCCCCACCCAGCCGGUGGCCGCCUUCUACUUCUGGGGUGCUGCCCCUUUUGUGCAUAGAGCUACUGUGUUUAUUUUCCAGUUCUGAAGAAGUUCAGCAAUAAAUGAAUAUUGUUUGGCAGACGGACUGGGUGGUGGUGGAGCGCUGCGGAUGCGUCGCACGGACUGACGGUCGCACUAAGGGAGAAGC